UGUCUCAAUGGCUAAACACAGUGUUUUUCUCCUUUUUGCACUCCUGUCUUUUGUUUUUAUGCAACUAACCUUGCCCUUUGAUCAAGUGCCUGCAAUCCUGGACAAAAGUUCAGAGGUCCCCCAGUAUCAAGCUAUCCGUAUCAGAACAGAUGGAGUGGGCGUAGAGAAUCCAAGUGCCUCACACGAGGGCAGUUAUAUGCCUGCAGCUGAGAAUCCGCUCAGAAGAAUACUGCAGCCUUAUGGGUGGCACCUACACGCCCAGCCGCGGACCAAGCGGAAGCUGCUGCAGUCCACCAGCUCCGGGCCCUACUCUCCGCUGACCGUUGCCUACAAUGGCAAGAUAUGCAUCCUCUUCAAGGCCAAGCGCCUGGCCAUCCGCUACAGAAACCACACCUUCCUGGACCUGACCGAGAGGGUGUUUGGGCCCAACGCCUCCGUGGAGACCAAGGGCUCCGUCUGCUCCAAGGAGAAAGCAACAUUGUCACUACACCUUGGAGAUGUGGAGGACAUAAGAGGACUUGUCAUCAAGCUUCACAUGUCCAACACUUUCUACGAGUCGGCCGGACAGAACUGGUUCACCCUGGACAGUGUCCACAUCCACUACAACUGGACGCACGAGGCCGUGUUCAACGCCACCGAGGUGUACGCCCCGGCCACCUACUCCUACCACUGCCAGCACGUCAGCAGCUUACAGAAAUAUGACACUCUGCUGGUGCCCAGCUCCUACACUGACAGCUCGGCAAACUGGCACAUCACAUUCACAGACUUCCAGAUCCAGGCCUUCAACGUUCAAUCCAACAAGUUUGCCUCUGCCUCGGACUGCGCCACCUUCUUCACCCCAGCCAUCCUGAUGGGCCUUAUCACCUCGCUGAUCCUGCUGCUGGUGCUGGCCUACGCACUGCACAUGGUGGUGCACCUCAAGCACAUCGACCGUUACGAAGAGCACAAAGCCACAGUCUACUUCCCCCGCAGCCCCGAGUCAGAGCACCCGGACAAGAACAGCCUCUGAAGGACUACAACCCCAAACCCUACCCCUAACCUAGCCCUAACCUUCUCCUAACCUACUCCUAACCUUCUUACCCAACCUCUACCAAACCCACCCUGCCCUCGCCCCCCUCCAGAAUUGCACUUUACAGGUUACCCAUGGUGUUUCAGUGUGGGUGUUACGUACGGAGCACAGGACAAGAUUGUCCCAGACGGGACGGGAGGGCAGCAGUGUCUUUUAAACAAAUCCCCCAUCUCCCAUGAGCCAACGGGCCCUCCUCCUGAUUCAACCAAUCACGCUGUCAUCAUCCUCCCUGUCCGUCCGUUCCAUUAGGUGUUUAAUCUCAGCCUAAUCACAAGGACUCUGCUGCCUUCCUGGGUCACAGACAAAACAUAUGCCAUGCCGGGAGGGGAUAAUGUGCAAAAUGGCCUUUCAGCAGACUGGCACUCUGGCAUUAUUACAAAAGCACGACGAUUUUCUGCGGGGAAAAUGGGAUUUUACAAUACAAAAAAAGGGAGACGACGAAAAAGCAACAAGACGAAAGGAAGGAGAGUGGAAUAAAACUGUCAGUGACAGGAACUGUGACCUGGCAGGAAGAUGGACACAUCAUGGACACGGACUGCCAGUCAACAGAGAUAACUGUGAUUAGGAUGGACGGAGAUUGCCUAGACAAGUGGGGUGGGGGGGUUCUUUUUGUAUCUCACAAAGUCACAAUAACAUUCAUAAGUCAAGUCCAUGGGCCAUGGGUCUUGCUGAUCUGCCAAUUUAAAAAUAAUAAUAAUAUAAAUAUAUCUAUAUAUACUGUGUUUCGACUGCCAAAGUGGCGUUUGCCAGCAAUGGCAAACAACUGAGAGUACAAGAAAGUACAACACUGUAAAAACAUAUGUGUACAGUAUUUGCCUAGUGUGAUGGGGUCUUUUUAUAUAAUCCAAAAUCCAUACAUACGUAACAUGGAAGUAAUCCUGACAUAUCCUACAGAAAAUGCCGUACACAUAGAAAAAAAUCUAGCUUGAAAUCCAUGCAUAAAAUCUAAAUAUACAAUUCAGAAAUAUGUACUGAACCAUUUUUGCAAUUGAUAAUUGUGAAAAUGACAAAUAUACUGUAUGACAUUUGUUUUGUAAUCAGUAUUAUCACAUUGUGUCAGUCUAGUAGAUUUCUGUUUUUUAAAACUUGGACUAUGGAUGAUUAAUUUUCUUUAUGUCACAUAAAAAGAAAAAUUAUUAUGUCUUGUAGUAUUAUCUAGUAAAGGAGCAUUUACAACGAAUUCAAUCUAACUGUAAAGAGCUCAAAUUUGAGGAAUGUUGUUCAGUAAUACACAGAGAUCAAUACCUUUAUUAUCAUACUCCAAUACACCCUAUAGCUGCAGUGAUAACAUCAGCAACAUCUUAUUACACUAUACCACAGCAUGGCAAUAACUAGAAAUAAAAAGUUGUAAAACAUGGCAGUUUCGAUACUCAUGGUAGAGAUAUGUGCAAUGUGUACAUUUGGUCAUGAUGGAAUCAUACAAAAACCUAAAAGCACUUGUGGACGUUUCCUGAGGACCAAUU